AUGCAUUUCCAGAAGGAAGUAAGCAGCAGACAUAGGCACAGAAUCCUAGCUGAGAAGGUGGAAGAGGAUAUGACUGAAUGUUUUACUGACUUGGAAGGGAAUCUGCAAAUAUAUGAUGAGAUUCUAUAUCUCACCAGGGCCCAUCUUCUCAAAGUCAGUCAUGCUGCAGUUGUGGUGUUCUUGAAUACCUUGGGAGGGUUUGGUGUCAUGGAUUCCACAUACCGGGUCAUGAGGCAUCUCAUGACUAAUCAUCUUGCUUGCCAGGUCAACUGGAUUGGAACUUACAAGAUGGCCUUCAGAAGCAUGAGAGUCAAGGAUCUGGUUGUCAGUAUACCUGAUUCAGAUACUGACAGCAACACCUUACAAGGGGCUGUCAGAGUUGAAGGAAUAUGGACCCAGGCCUUCACUGCUGCCUUAGUAGUAGCAGCCUUAGUGGUGUUCUUGAGUACCUUGGGAGGGUUUGGUGUCAUGGAUUCCACAUACCGGGUCAUGAGGCAUCUCAUGACUAAUCAUCUUGCUUGCCAGGUCAACUGGAUUGGAACUUACAAGAUGGCCUUCAGAAACAUGAGAGUCAAGGAUCUGGUUGUCAGAGCUGUUGCUGUUUCUUCUGGUGGAAAGUUAGCAGAUGUGGAACAGAGCAUCCGAAAAUUCAUAAAGAAUGCAUCUGACAGGGAGGGGGGAAGGGACUUUCGCAGGAGGAAGAAGAUGGAGACAGGGGCCACAUAA